UCGUUGUCUGCGCCGCAAUCACAUUCGUCGCGUGGCGGACUCAUUGAGAUUUUGACCAACCAGGUCAUGCUGCACAACGGAAUUUUACGAUAUGUGGUUUAUUUUCUGAACGACCUGGAGUCGACCUUGUCUCUCAAUAGACGUAGCAAGAAUCGAGGAUAUUGCCAAGCACGUCGUGUGACUUCCAUCAGGACAAUGGGAAAGACAUUGUGUGGUCCUGUCCGAUCAGGGAUGACGGGUGCCUGCGCUGACCCGGUCAGCAACGCAGGCAGGAACUCGUCUCAGCUGAGCGGUGACGUUGCAUCGAGUCUUGCUUGCCAUUCAUCCAGCGUUCAUAUAAAGGAAGAAAUCUGUUCCAUUCUACCUCGCCGCCUCAGCCAAAUCAAUCUCUCGACCAACCCACAACUCCAUCAGCUACCGGCAAGAUGCGAAUCUCUGCUACACUCUCGAUCGUCGCCUUGUGCCAUUUGGCCACGGCGAGGAUUUCCGGCAUCGCAGCACCUUUCGUCAUUGCACCAGACUCGGCCUUCAAUGUCACCAUCCUCACGGAGAACUACAUUCAGUCCGUCAAGGACAUCUCUGCGUCUUUUGCUCUAUCAUCGACCGCUGCGGAUGGCUUCCUCGGUGUCGAAUACCUCGGAUCCUUCUACCUAGGUCCAAAGAACUCCAACAUUCUGACCAACAUCACGCUCGAGGUCACCGCACCAUCAACGACCAACGCCAAAUUCCUCACGGCAGCCAUUACCAGUCUCUAUGGUGCCAGCAACGGACCUGUGACAGAGCAGUUCAGCGUACCGAUCACCUUUGGCGACGAGACGAGCGAAGAGACGACCGUCAGCCGCGAUCGCUCAAAUAUAUGCUCCACAGCGGCCUCCCCGGCUUCCUCCUCCGCAUCUGCCAUCGGACCGCGCGCCACUCCAUCGUGCACCUUCCCCACCAUGACGAACACUCUGAUCCAGCUCAGCCUCGUCGGAGCCGAAGGUCUCAUCAACAACAUCAUCCAAAACGACAACCGCACCGGGACUCAGAAUCUCGGCGAGCUGAAUGGAGUCCUAGGCGAUGUGACUCGAGCUGUCCUGCCUUCCGGCCAUUGCAACAAUGAACCCACUGGACCGUGGCCGCCGCUUUCGCCGGCUGACUCGCAGGCUCGCGCGGUUCAGAUCUUGAGGGAUACGGAGGGUGGGCUUAAUGCGCUGCAGGGGGCCGUUCUUGAGUGCGAGAAGGCAACCGCGGUGUCGGUGUUGUGUCGUGUGCUGCACUUGAUGGAUUACCUUGAUACGUACUACACGUAG